AUGUGCUCUGAAGGUGACGGGCGUAGAGGCAGCAAGGAGGUCACGACAGCAUUGAGGUACCGGAGGCAAUGGGGUAGAGAAGGUAGGGAGUUAACAGUAAUUGGGGGUUUAGAGCAACUCCAACGGGAGUUGCCAUUGGGGAUGGAUUCUCAAUUUGACAGUUCUUUCAUUGAUUUGGUUAUGAGUAACACCGAUUUAUAUGAUGAUAUUAUGCAGCCCAAUCCCGCAGUAUUGGAGCCAGUACAAGAUGAAGUUGUUUCAAGAGUGAGAAAAUCGCAAAAGACAAAGAACUUCUCUCAAGAAGAAGAUAAAUUAAUUGUGUCUGCGUGGCUUAACACGAAUAAAGAUGCAAUUACUGGAAAUGAACAACAAGGUGGUGCUUUCUGGCAUAGAGUAUUGAAAUACGUAGAGCUUCAUGGAGGCAAUCAAGAAGAACGUUCGCAAGCUUCUAUUAAAAGCCAUUGGACUGAUGAUAUAAAUGCAAAAUGUGCUAAAUUUGUCGAUUUUUAUAGGCAAAUUGAAAGACUGCGACAAAGUGGACACACUGAGCAAAAUAAUGUUGAUGAAGCAAAAGAAAUGUUUGCUAAGAUUAUUGGAAGACCAUUUCAAUAUGAGCAUUGUUGGAAUAUUUUGAAAAUGGAGCAGAGAUGGACUGAUAAUCUCACCAACAAUAAGAAAGCAAAAAACCAUUCAACUGGUAGUCCUGCUGAAUCAAAUCAUGUUGAAUCUUGUUAUUCAACUCCACAUUUAGGGGAUGAUAUUGAACCAUCGUCUACUCCCAACCUCAAUAGGCCAUUAGGCAAAAAAGCUUCGAAGAAACAACUUAAAAACAAAAGAGAAUCAAAUCGGGGUUGA